AUGGCGAACUUGUACCGUCUCGGUCGGACACUCUUGUCGGAUCACACAGACGGCAACUCGAGCUACCUGUUCGACAAGAAGUCGGUUUUCACUGCGAAAGCGCUCAACAUGGCGAUUCCCGGCGGCCCGAAAUUCGAGCCUCUGUAUAGAGACAUGGACAGCUUCAAUGAGGACUGGAACGAGUUCAACGACAUCAACAAAGUCAUCAUUCGACAGCAAAUCCGGACUGAGUACAAGAACGUCUACAUUCGCACUGAUGACCCUGACCUGCCCGCGUUCUAUUUCGACCCUCUCAUCAAUCCUAUCUCGCUGCGUGGCUUUACACCAAAGAAUGCGCCACUCGUUCCCCAUGAGGACGCGAUCUUCGGCCCCAACGAUGCUGAGGAUGACGACUUCGAGCUCCCUGACGAGGUCGAGCCUUUCCUCGAGGACAAGCCGCUGGAGAGUGAUCUCACGGCGGAUGCUAUCGCGCUCUGGUGGGCGCCCGAUCCGUACA